GAACGCUUCUAGUGUCAGCAUGGUGAAAUUACAGCAAAACGCACCUCGGCAUAUUUCUUCAAACCGCGCCAUCUGCCGUUGACAUAUUAACAAUAUUUAUUUAUUGGAUGAAAUCAAUAUCUACUAUAAAUACCGAAAGCCGAAAAUGUAAAUCAAUACUUGUAUUUCAUUAAACGAAAAUGUCUUAUUCCUCGCAAGGUAUUUAUGUUCCCUUACCACAAUCGUUAAGUGAUUCCGAUUCAGAAAAAGAAGAGAGAUCUGAAGAUAACUCACAUUAUCUAACAAAUGGUGUAAAUCAACCCAAAGUGAAUUUUUCUCAACCCAGAAAUGGUCACAUAAGUGAUUUUAAAGAUGACAGAUUCAAAAAUUUGCAUCACAAAUUCUCCACUAAACGUAAAGUUGCUCUAAUAAUUUCUAUAAUAUUCUGUUUUUUACCUAUAAUUACUUUUUUUUGGAUACUACCAUGCAAUGAUUUCAAUACCUGUACGUUGAAAAUACCAAACUGGGAAUCAAUACAUGAAAAUAUAGAAUUAUUAGGAAGCAUAAAUUUAGUAAGAGGUGUUUUUCAGAAGAACUGGAAUCUUGCUUUAAUCUAUAAAGGUAGUUUUACUGAUAAAAAAGCAUUUAAAAAUGGUAUACUCUCUAUAAUGGGAACAAAUGGUGCUGUAGCUUGGGAUUUUCAACAGGAAAGUUAUCCACUACAAAUGAACUGUAGUAUAAUCGAUGUUGACAACAAUGGAUACAAUGAUUGCCUAGUAGUAGACAAUACCGGAUUGAAAGUGGUAGAAACUAUUUCCGGGGAAGCAUUAUGGCAUGCCCAUAGUCUAGAAGAAAAAUCUAUACCAGAAUUAGAUAUGCCUGUUAAGAUUGAAGAUUUGGAUAAAGAUGGUAUAAAUGAAUUACUAGCAGUAUAUAAGAAAAGUGGAUUUUUAAUAAUAUCGGGAAGAACUGGUCAAGCGUUAUCAAAUAUCAAAUUACCAUCGACAUGCUCAACUAUAAAUUUGAUUUCAAGUAAUUCAUUUUCUAUCAACUAUAAAUGUAUACAAAUGCCAGGAACAUUAGUUACUUAUGAAGUUUCUAUUGCUGAUAUCAAAUCAAAAUUUUACAAUUCUAGUGCUGCCAUCAAACUUAACAUAGGGAUCAAUCAGGAUAUUAAAACAUUUUAUGAAAUAGGUGACAAAAAAUUAACUGUUCAAAAUUUCAACCAAUGUCCUAAAUGUCAAAGCAUAAUUACUCUGUAUAGUUCUAAUAAUACCAAACUUAAUUUCUCAAAAUUCGACAAUGCAGUAAUCAUGAAACCAGUAUGUUUUAAAUUUCCGGUAAUAGAACCCAAUAUCUAUUCUUCUAAAGGAUUCAUUAGUGGAUUUAUAUUGAAAAUGUGGUACUGGGAAGACAAAACUGUUAAACUAUCACCUGUAACUAGAAUAUACAAACGAAACAUACCUGUACAUAAUGAAACUUAUCAUUUGAAUAAAGUAUCCGAAAGAAUACUACUUAUCAUACUGAAAGAAAAUGACAUACAAAUUGAAAACGUAAGUGUAACAGACAUUUACUUAAUAUGUAAUGGGCCACAGCAUAAUAACUGUCAACCGGAUUAUAAAAAUCAAGGAAAUUCUAUAUCUGUGGCAGAUCUAGAUUUUGACAAUUCUUUAGAAAUAAUAAGUUAUUCGAGUUCCUAUAAACAGAUAGAAAUAAAUGGCGAUGAAACAUGGCAUUUAACUUCAAAAUUAAAUGUAGUUAGGUUGGAAAAUGAAUUUAGUAAUUUAUUUGAGAACAAAUAGAAAUAAAUUUUUCACUUCUUAGAUGUUUCUAUAUUUCAUGUUCUUGACUUUAGGUCUGUUUGAAUAAAUGAUAGUUUUUUAUUUUAUUAAUGUAUUGAAAUGAUUUUUUAUGUUUCCACCUAACUAACGUAUUUUUAUCAAGACAUUACCCGACAUUGAUAAUUCAGAUAUACAGUCAAACCUCGAUAAAACGAAUCUAGGAUUAAGUUAUAGCGAGGUUAGUUGUUUCGAGGUUCAAAGGCAACGUUGGUUAAUUUCGGUCGAUGUUUAACGUGCUUAUACUACAUUAAAAAAUAUAUAGAAAAUAAAAUAAAACUACAAUUCAAUUUGCCAUAACAUGAUGUCUGGACACGUGUUGACACGAUUUUACGUUUAUUGCUUUCAACAUAUGGAAGCACUGACGGUUCAAUAAAUUAGCAGUUAAAUUCGUUACUGAGGUUUUUUUACCAGUAUCGACAAAAAUUCGUUAUAUAGAAGUUCUAACUAAAAAAAUUCGUUAUGUAGAAGUGCAAUUAACAUUGUAUGUUAUGAAGAGAUUUAAAAAAUUUAGUUAUAUCAAGGAAUAUUUUAUAUGGAGAUUUGACUGUAUAAAGUAUUAUCAUAGAAAUAGUAAAAUACAAUUCACUCAUAUAAUACAAAAUAUUGUAUUCGUAAUUGUCAAAAAUUAAUUUUUUAUAUAUGAAAAAAAAUGUCCCAAACUGCUGAAUUUUGUGUGUAUUAAUUAAUUUGAAAUCUUUUUUUUUCUUCAACAUUUGUAUCAGUUUAAAAGAUUUUUAAAAUUUUAUAUUUAAAAAUUAGUUUCUUUCUAUUUCAGAAUUUGUUACAGCAGUUUUAUUUUUUUAUCCUAUUGAUUGAUCAUUUUUAUUUAAAUAGCAUCAUAAUAAGCAAUCUAAUAUAUUGUUUUUUGUAUCUUAGAUAUUAGAUUACAGUAAUAUUUUGAUAAUGUUUCAUAGAAAUCUUAUUCUGUUUCCAUAUUUAUCAUCUUCAAAAUAUUCCAAAAGUCUAAAAUUAAAAUUGUUUAUUUGGAAGAGCCAUCCGAAUAUAUAAAACAGAUUAAAAAAUCAUCAUUAUUAUAAAUUAAUAUACAUUCAAUUAUAAAAAUUUCAAAAGCCAUAAACAAAAUAAAACCAUUUUUUUUAUAAAUCUACUUUUUAAAUUUCAAUGAACUAUAAAUAAUAUAAAAUGAUAAUUGGUACUUUUUCAAAUAAUAAAUAUUUAAAUUUGGGUUAUUAAGAACAUAAAAAAUCAUUUCUAUAAAAACAAUGAACCAAAAAUCAAGAGCACAUAUUCAAUAAAUUUAAUUAAACUUGUUAAUAUAAGUAAAAUUCUUCUUAAUACCAAAUUUUAUAAACUACAUUAAAUGUUAGUCUCUAAUACACCAAUUUUGUCUAUUUCAUAAAUCACAUUUAGAGAUUUGGUGUGAUACAUACAUACACUGUUGGAAUGAAAAUGUGGGGGGCCCAAUGUUGAUGAUUCUACACAAAAUAUUUAAAGUUUGAAUUGUUACAUGUUUUUCUCAUUACUUCAAUAAAAUUAUAUUUUUCAAGCA